GCGGCGGCGGCGCCGGGGGCCUCUCCGCACCCUCCCCCUGGGCAGGAGCCCCCUCGAAGCGGCCUCGGCCCCCGACGCGGGGCCGCCCCUCGGCGCCCGCGUCCGCCCGCCCGCCCGGAAUGAUGAAGAAGAACAAUUCCACCAAGCGGGGGCCUCAGGAUGGAAAUCAUCAGUCUGCACCGCCUGAGAAGGUCGGCUGGGUCCGGAAAUUCUGCGGGAAAGGGAUUUUCAGGGAGAUUUGGAAAAACCGCUACGUGGUGCUGAAAGGGGACCAGCUCUACAUCUCCGAAAAAGAGGUAAAAGAUGAGAAAAAUGUUCAAGAGGUGUUUGACCUGAGUGACUAUGAGAAGUGUGAAGAGCUCCGGAAAUCCAAGAGCAGGAGCAAGAAGAAUCAUAGCAAGUUCACUCUUGCCCACUCCAAACAGCCUGGGAACACGGCACCCAACUUGAUCUUCCUGGCAGUGAGUCCGGAAGAGAAGGAAUCAUGGAUCAACGCCCUCAACUCCGCCAUCACCCGCGCCAAGAACCGCAUCUUGGAUGAGGUCACCGUUGAGGAGGACAGCUAUCUCGCACACCCAACUCGAGACAGGGCAAAAAUCCAGCACUCCCGCCGCCCCCCAACUCGGGGACACCUAAUGGCUGUGGCUUCAACCUCUACCUCGGAUGGCAUGCUGACCUUGGACCUGAUCCAGGAGGAAGACCCUUCCCCUGAGGAACCAACCUCCUGUGCUGAGAGCUUUCGAGUCGACCUGGACAAGUCUGUGGCCCAGCUGGCAGGCAGCCGGCGGAGAGCAGACUCAGACCGCAUCCAGCCCUCCUCGGACCGGGCAAGCGGCCUUCCCCGACUUUGGGAAAAGCCAGACAGAGGGGCCACCUACACCCCCCAGGCACCCAAGAAGUUGAGCCCCGCAGAAAAAGGCCGCUGUGCCUCCCUGGAGGAGAUCCUGUCUCAGCGGGACACUGCCGCAGCCCGCACCCUCCAACUGCAGGCCCAGGACCCCCCGACCCCCAUCCCACCCCACCCGGGGCAGCUGUCCCGGAUCCAGGACCUGGUAGCAAGGAAACUGGAGAAGACUCAGGAGCUGCUGGCAGAGGUUCAGGGACUGGGAGACGGGAAGCGAAAGGCCAAGGACCCCCCUCGGUCUCCUCCCGAUUCUGAGUCAGAACAGCUGCUGCUGGAGACAGAGCGGCUGCUGGGAGAGGCGUCAUCAAAUUGGAGCCAGGCGAAGAGGGUGCUCCAGGAAGUCAGGGAGCUGAGGGACCUGUAUAGACAGAUGGACCUGCAGACCCCCGACUCCCACCUCAGACAGCCCAGCCAGCAUAGCCAGUACCGGAAGAGCCUGAUGUAGAGGAAGGUGACAGAGUCUGGAACGUGUGGGGUGGACAGACUCUUAUCUCCAAGUGUUGCAGGAUACAGCUUUUUUAUUUACCUCAGUCAAAAAAGAAAACAAAAACACGAUCAAA